UGCUGGCUGUGAGCGACACGCUCGUGUUGUUGCCUUUGCUUUUCUGCUCGGUAUAUCCGGAGCUUUGCUGCACUUUUAUUCCAGAAGACAGCACAUUUCAGUCUCCUAUUCGAGUGUGUUUUUCUGUGCCGAAGACACAUUAUGCAGUGAAAUCUCAGGUGUUAUAGACAUCCGAACAUCAGCAUGAAAGGUUAAUCUGGAUGAGGCAGAGCGCAGCACAGGGUACAGACACAGCCCGAGCCCCAGGUGGAGCGGUCCGGGUCCUUUCUGUGUGGAGUUUGCAUGUUCUCCCCAAGUCUGCAUGGGUUUCCUCCAGGAGCUCCGGUUUCCUCCCACAGUACAAAGACGUGCAAGUGAGCUUUAAAGAACUGGGUGUCCCUGGAAACAGAGCGGGAUCAUACACUCUGGGACGGCCCAAGCACGUUUGGUGCCAUCGGCCAGAUUCAUCUCGCCGCCCCUGGAAACACCGCUUCACCGUGUCACGCACCCCACCUUCCUGGGGCUGGACCAUCUAAAUAAAAACAAACGGUUUUCCGGUGAUUCUCGUCAGUCGUUCCUCGUUCAUGGUAACAGCGGGCUGAAGACGAGCGAUGGCGGUGUGGAUUCAGGCCCAGCAGCUGCAGGGUGAUGCCCUGCACCAGAUGCAGUCUCUCUAUGGGCAGCAUUUUCCCAUAGAGGUGCGACACUACCUGUCCCAAUGGAUAGAGGGGCAACUCUGGGAUGCGAUUGACCUGGAGAACCCACAGGAGGAGUUUAAAGCUAAGCGGUUGUUGGACAGUCUCAUUCAGGAACUACAGAAGAAGGCAGAGCAUCAGAUGGGAGAGGAUGGUUUUCUGCUCAAGAUCAAACUAGGCCACUACGCUUCACAGUUAAAGAGCACAUACGACCGCUGUCCGCUGGAGCUGGUGAGAUGCAUCAAACACAUUCUCUACACAGAACAGAGACUCGUCAGGGAAGCUACUAAUUCGAACUCUCCACUGAGUGGGAUGAUGGACAGUAUGUCUCAGAAGUACCAGCAGAUAAACCAAGCGUUUGAAGAGUUGAGGAUCCUGACACAGGACACUGAGAAUGACCUGCGCAAACUUCAACACAACCAGGAGUACUUCAUUAUACAGUACCAGGAGAGUCUCCGAAUACAGGCUCAGUUAUCUAGUUUAGCUCAGCUGCCCCCAGCAGACAGACAACUGCGAGAGCCCAGCCUCCUCAACAAACGAGCCACGGUUGAAGCCUGGCUCACCCGAGAGGCCAACACCCUGCAGAAAUACAGACUGGGCUUGGCAGAGAAGCACCAGAAGACGUUGGCAUUGUUGCGGAAACAGCAAACUGUGAUCCUCGAUGAUGAGCUUAUCCAGUGGAAGAGACGUCAGCAGCUUGCCGGCAACGGAGGACCACCUGAGGGAGGACUGGAUAUCCUACAGUCAUGGUGUGAAAAGCUGGCAGAAACCAUUUGGCAGAAUCGGCAGCAGAUCAGGAGGGCGGAGCAUUUAAGGCAGCAGCUGCCAAUACCUGGGCCUAUUGAGGAACUUCUCAAUGACCUCAACAGCACCAUCACCGACAUCAUCUCAGCCCUCGUCACCAGUACCUUCAUCAUAGAGAAGCAGCCACCUCAGGUCCUGAAGACACAGACGAAGUUUGCAGCGACUGUGCGUCUGCUGGUGGGAGGCAAACUUAACGUCCACAUGAACCCUCCUCAGGUUAAAGCCACAAUCAUCAGCGAGCAGCAGGCCAAGGCGCUGCUUAAAAAUGAAAACACACGGAACGACAGUAGUGGAGAGAUCUUAAAUAACAACUGUGUGAUGGAGUAUCAUCAGACCACAGGCACUCUGAUUGCACAUUUCAGGAACAUGUCAUUGAAGAGGAUCAAGCGUUCAGACCGGCGUGGGGCCGAGUCUGUAACCGAGGAGAAGUUCACCAUUCUGUUUGAGUCACAGUUUAGUGUUGGAGGCAAUGAGCUGGUUUUUCAGGUCAAGACACUGUCCUUACCUGUCGUAGUGAUAGUCCAUGGAAGUCAGGACAACAAUGCCACAGCUACAGUUCUCUGGGACAAUGCCUUUGCUGAACCGGGCAGGGUCCCUUUCCUCGUCCCAGAUAAGGUCAUGUGGCCACAGCUGUGCGAUGCGCUUAACAUGAAGUAUAAAGCAGAGGUGCAGUCUAACCGAGGCCUGUCUGAGGAGAACCUGGUUUUCCUGGCUCAGAAAGCUUUCAGCAGCUCCAGCUCCAACCCCGAGGAUUACCGAGGCAUGACAAUGACCUGGUCCCAAUUCAACAGGGAAAGUCUACCAGGUAGGAACUUUACAUUCUGGCAGUGGUUUGAUGGAGUGAUGGAGCUCACCAAAAAACACCUAAAGCCCCAUUGGAAUGAUGGGGCGAUCCUGGGAUUUGUGAAUAAGCAGCAGGCUCAGGACAUGCUGAUGUCCAAACCUAAUGGGACGUUCCUGCUGCGCUUUAGUGAUUCUGAGAUUGGUGGCAUCACCAUUGCAUGGGUGGCAGAGAAUCCGAAUAAAGCAGGUGAAAGGAUGGUGUGGAACCUCAUGCCCUACACCACUAAAGACUUCUCUAUCCGCUCUCUGGCUGACCGCAUCAGUGACCUGAACCACCUGCUGUACCUGUACCCUGACCGACCUAAAGAUGAGGUCUUCUCAAAGUACUACACCCCUCCACUAUCUAAAGCCGUGGAUGGCUACGUCAAACCACAGAUCAAGCAAGUGGUCCCAGAGUUUACGACACCUAAUCCUGACCCGACUGCAAAUCCAACCUACAUGGAUGCAGCCUCACCAGCUGUCAGUCACCCACAAAACUACGGCAUCUACCCACCAAUGGCGGACACUAUGCUGGAUGGUGAUGGUGAUUUUGAUCUGGACGACACCAUGGAUGUAGCGAGGCACGUGGAGGAGCUGCUGCGGCGACCGAUGGACGGCCAGUGGAGCGGCCAGCAGUCGUGACCUCUCAUCCAUUUACCUCUGACCUCUGUCCCUUAGUGAUGGCUUAUUCCAUUCAUCUCUCCCCUCACCCUCCCAGUUCUGCUUCCUCCUCAUCUAAUGUGAAAAGUUCAAUGAUGGAUGUGGUUGCUUUUACUUUGAUUUUAGUUCUUUUAUUCUUUCCUCUUUUUCGCUGUCAUUUCUGUGUACAUGUGAACGUUUGAGAUGUUUCUCUUUUCCUCUUGACGUGUGAAAGAGAAAUUAGCACAGAAGAAAAAUACUACGAGCUUACUUUUUGACUCAAUACCACCAACCAGUAUUCUGAAGAAAAAAAAAGUCUUUUUACAUGCAUGUGUUUUGUUUUUGUUUGUUUUAUUUGGAGUGGAAUUGUCAGUGCUAGCACUCUGAAGAUUGAUGGAAUAGAACUGUACUACUGUAAGAGGGUCUUUUAUUGUCUGAUUACUUACUGUUACUUUAACGUUAGUUGUUUUUUUUUUUUGCACCAGACAGUUCGUGCAUCGAGCAUAUUGCACUCUGGAACAACUGUGUCCUUGUGGAAAAAAUGACAUGGUUGUUAUCAUUGCUGUUACUAUGGCAACAUUGUUUGUAAUGUAUAAUGUGUACACUAAAGCGUAUUUCUAUUGCAGCAGCGCCAUUGAUAGCAUGUACACAACCGCUCCUGAACAAACUGGAUAUACUUCAUCAAUGCCUGAAUAUAUCUCUCUCACACACACGAGUCAGUCACACCAUACACAAAUACAUACAAGAUUAUGCUGUCUGAGAAUGAAGGAUGAGUGACAUGGCAAAAUAUCCUGCAGGCACCUCUACAAUACACAAUAUGUAUAAAGUGAUAAAAUAGUUCAAACCAGUUCAAAAGCUUCACUAAGUUAGUGUUUUCUACAUGUUAGACAUUUUAAUACAAUACAAUUUUGUAAAGUCAUAAAAUACAACUUUCAAAAUCUCCCAAACUGAAUUUGAGUUGCCAGUUAACGAUCCAGACCAGUCGAUGCUUUCAGCUAACUCAAAAUAACCCGAAAACCCAAUAUAUCAUUAAUCUUGUAGCUACUUCAUCUAUGCGUUUUGAUCAAGCUCUUCACCACAUACCUAUCACACGUUUUACUGUAGUUCUAAAACAAAUGAAACUGAAACAAUUUAUACUACAAUACUAAUACAAUACUAUACUAAUGACAAUCUUUAGCAGCCCUUAAAAUAAAACAGAAUGCAUUUCUGCUUUGUUCAACUCAUAAACAACAGCUCCAAAAAAAACAGCCAGUGCCACUGUGACAUAUAAAAGUGCUGAAGUUGUUAGCAUAAAAUAAAAGCUCAUGACAGUCCAUUAUUUGCAUUAACUGGCUAUAUAAAAAAUUAAGAACAUAUAUGAGUAGCAGAAAUGCUUGGAAUCUUGUUACUCCUCAUGCAGGUACACAGUAUAGAUAAAACUGUUUUGCUGUACGCGGGCUCUGAUUAGAAAGAACUUAGAUUAGAGACGAGCUUUUGAACUGUUUAUGCGAAUUAGCCAAACAAUUCAGUUCUACUAAAAGCAUUUUCAAGAUCGAAUAACACACAUGAUCUGUUACAUCAUAUUUUCAUUGUGUACAAGUCCAGAGCUGAGAAAAUCCAGAGGUGGGGGCGAUAUUUAUUCCAUUACAUAAUUAAUUUGAAUAGUUCACAUUGUGUCUAGUCAAGCCCCAGCUUCACCGCAUGCCAGAAUAAACAUGUUGCUGUAUUUAUAGUGCAUCAUGUAGACUAUUGGACUUUAACAUUGCACCCUGAACAGUCAAGCUUCAUAGCAGGCAGGCCUCGCACAUGCUUUAAUAUAAAUACAUUAUAGUAUAAAACAGGUCGCACCGUCUUGUUUUUGAUUUGCAAGUAUCCUCCUGGUUGAGAACCCUUGCUUUAAGAUGUUUUAUUAUACAAGCUUGUCAUUAUUAUCACUGUUUUUACAGUACCUUUAUUUCAGCUACCCAAAAAUCACAUAUGCAAUUUUCAAAUGCCAGAUUAGGUGAACAAAUACCUGGAUUUGGGUGUUUAUUUAAAUACACACUCAUUACUAAUACUAAUUGUGUUAUACAGAUAAAUUCAAUUCAUCUACUGUAAGAACAAUACAGAUAGUCAGUUUUAAAGAGCUGAUAUUUACUAUCAUACCAAAAAUUGUGACAAUGUAAGGCCUAGUUAAUAUAUUGUUAUUUCACUCAUCCCUGCUGAGAAGUGCUGCAGAUAAACACAUACAGUGCUGUAUCACUCUGUAAUUCCAGCUGCAGAAGGGUGUGACCAUUUAUUUGUACUGAUUUACACACACUGAGCUAUGAAGCUUACUGGACACACUGCUCAUGCUACACUACGUUAGUUCUGGGUUUUAUCAAAAGUGAUAAAAAAAAAGUGAACCCUCCUGUGGUGGACAGUUCCGGCAAAACCAGAGCACCUGUUGUCAUGGUGACUGAUGCUGCUUCGAUCUUGUGUUCGCCUGCUAUCGUAUAGCUAUAGAGCUGCUAACUGUGAAUGCACCUCCUUACUGCCUUAUUGUGAUAAGUCUCUUUCCAGUCUCUUUCUCCAUCUCAACACACCCCAACACACACACACACGUGACUCAGGACUAUAAAAUGCAAUGGAUGUGUUGUUAAAGUUGUAAGAAGUAACAGGCAGAAAAGAUCAUUCUCUAUUCAAUAUAAAUAUUAUUUUAUUUUUUUAAUAUAAUUCUAUUUUAUUAUUGUAGAUCUUAUGUGAUCUGUGUGUGUACUACAAAAGAAUGCUGCCUAAGCAAAUCAAACCUUGGUAGAGGAAAAGCCUCUUAUAGCACCCUCAGUAUUUUUCAACAUAACCUUUAUAAUCAAACCAAUACUUUUUACCACAGGCAAAGCUUUAAAGUUUUAAGAAUGAAUGUUACAGAAAUACAUUGAUUAUUUAUUUUAGUUUUUACUGUGCUGGUCACAACAGAUUUGUCUUAUCAUAUCACUUUACACCACUUAUAUAGUAGUAUAAUAAUUCUCAUAAAGAACAACAAACCUGUAGGUAAAGAUGAGAUUUUAGACCCAUUUUAAAAUAUUUACCAAUGGUUUACAUAUUAAAGCUUUGACUAAGACCAAUAAUGUUGGCUUUCAUAUUUUCAAUUUGCCAUGACCUUAAUUCUCAGUGAGUUCUGAUUUCACAAUCAUGUAACUGUAACAGAGUCAGUUAAUUUGGUCAGUUGUUUAAUGUGCCUGGUUAACUGAUCCUGAUUUUGGUAAUUUUGCUGAUUUUGAACAGCAGAAAUGACACACAUUUACAAUUUGUAGGGAGAAGCAAUAGAUCCAAAGAGAGUGCCUUUUUUCACCUAAUAUGAUCUUCAUACUCUUGGCUCACAGAUUAAGUGUUUAAUUAACUUUGUAGUCGUGGUUAGACCCUUGGUAAUGACAAGACUUGUUGCCCAUUGAAAGGUUUACAGAAAGCAAACUUUACAGAAAUGUUCUAGCUCAUCACCAAGUCUCAUUCCGAGUACUAAACAGUAUAUAAAGGAACAGUUGGUAGUGGACUAUAUUGAUAUAUUGUUCAGUUUGAUGGUUUGGUUUGGUUCAGUCUGAUUUAAUCCCCACGCUCAUGGCCUCAACCUUUAUAAAGCAUUGGAUUGACUUCUAAGGGUGGUUUUAGAUCAUAUAAAGUGUGUAUUCUCACCUAACCUUAAAAUAUAAAACUUUAACCUUUAAUAUUGAGGUGAUGACUCCACUUUAGAAAAUGUGAAUGACACCACAUAUCAGCUGUGGUAAAAGAUUUUGUUACACAUUUCAUUUCAUCACCUUUACUGUUAGCGUCUGCUAUACAGUAUUGUGUUGUAAAAUAUUGUUGACUAAACCUUUACAAUAAGCAUUUUUCUUAGUUCAGGAAAGUGUUAUGAAGUAACCUGCAGAUACAGACAGUGGUGGUUAUGUUGAGAAACACUGAAUUAUUCCUUUAAAAUGUGCUACUGGCCUUAGCUUAGCAUCUGAAAAGUUGUGCUACUUGGAAUGCAGUCCUGCUUUUCUGCUUAGCCGAGCUUUUGAAUGAAUAAAACAAGCCAAACAGUAAAAACGUACAUUUGCGUCAUUGCAUUUCCAUUCUGCCUUGUGUUCCCUGCUACACUGCUGUGGUUUUCUUUGAAAUUCUUUCUGCUUGUUUGAGAGUUGAAAUAUGUGGGAAGUCGUAAGGUUUUGCCUCUUUGAUCUGUUUUUGUGACUAUCUUUUACACUUUAGGUGGUAGAGGGUGGGUGUGUAUGUGGGUGUGUGUGUUACACCCUUUGUCCUAUGUGUUUUUGGUUGGGAUUUAGUGUUUGAAAAUGUGUUCUACAACAACAAAGAAAUUAAAAAAUAAAGUUUUAUAAAUAAUUCAAA